GGCGUGGCCUGCGAGGGUCUCUCCCGCGCACGCGCGGUGCGGGCUGGACCUCCGCGUGCCGCGCGGAUUGCAAAAGGUGGCGGCGUUGCAAGCAGCGGGUGCAAGAUGCGCGAUCCUGUGAUCGCUUUUCCGCGGGAUCCUGUGGCGAUCCAGUAGGAGCGGCAGCCAAGAGGCAAACUUUGGGCCGGGCGUCUGCUUCCUGCUGAGCUGUCCAGAAGGAUGGCACCCCCUGCCCACCGCCACAAAGCAGCGAAAAGCAGCAAAGAGCGGAAGAGACGUGCUGCUAAGACGGGGAAAGGAGACCCAGAGGAGAUCAAAGGAGGAGGUGUUCCCAAAAUGGAGCCCGCAGUGGCGGGUUAUUUCCACCAGGCGCACGAAACCUUCAAGUCUGGCUUUGCCUCCGAUGAGGAGAAAAGCCUGUUUGUGAGCAACGUCCUGACGGAGGCCGUCGCUGUGGCGCUGCCGCUGGCCCUGGAUCCGUCCGGGUCGCUGCUCCUCCAGGCGCUGCUGCCUUCGGCCUCGGGGGCCAGCUUGGAGCCCCUGCUCCGGGCCCUGCUCCCCUCCCUGCGCCUGGUGGCCUGCCACCCCUGCGGAGCCCACAUCUGGGAGGGGGCCCUGUGGAGAGCCCCAGCGCUGAUCUCGGACGGGGGAGAGGAGUCCCAAGCGCUGGAGGAACUUGUCCUGGAUCUGGGGAAGGGUCUUCAGGAGGAGCUGUCGACUUUCGCCUUGGAUGCCCACGCCAGCUUUGUGGUGCGGACCCUGUUGCAGGUCCUGGGAGGGGCCCGAGUCGGGUCAGACGGGGGACGGGGGCUCCCAGGCUCAGGGCUUCUUCGUCCCCGGGCCAAGAGUUCAAAGGUCGGGAGCGAAGGACCAGCGGUGUUCGAGGUCCCCGCCAGCUUCCUCUCCCUCCUGCAGGAAUUCAAAGGCUGCUUCCAGGAACAGAUUGCAGAUUUCAUCACCAACAAAUGUUUCAGCCUCUGCCUGCAGGUGGCGCUGGAGAUCCUACAUAGAAAGCUGCCUGAAAUGAGUGCUGAGCUCUGCCGGUCUGUGAUUGGCUACCUGAGCAGCUGCAACCCAGCUGCAGCUGGGCAAAGCCUCUUGGUGUUUCUGAAGGACGCGACCUGCAGCCGGGUUCUGGACAAAGUCCUGGAGGUGUCGGAUGCGAAGGCGUUGCGCUCGUUCUACAAGGUGCACGUGAAGGGGCAGCUCCGCGUGUUGUCAGCUCACAAGGUGGCCAACUUCACCUUGCAGCGGCUGAUCCAGGCCGCCUCGCGCAAACUGCUGGGGAAUCUUUUUCAGGAGCUGAGCCCCGGCUUGGAACAAAUCCUGGCCCUGGAACAUCUCGGCAUCGUCACGGCGCUCCUGGGCGCCUGCCGGAAACACGGUGCCCACCAGCCGGAAGUGCUGCAGGUCCUUUUGGAGGCCUUCCACUGUUGGAAGCCCCGUGCCCGCCAGCGGGCCUGUGCCCCCCUCCUCGCCUCAAGGUCUACCCGGGACGACAGAAGAACCUUACUUUUUUUCAUCCAGGCAGACACACCGCCGGCCCUGAGCACCGUCUCCUAUCACGGCUCCCUGAUGUUGCAGCACCUCCUCCAUUUUGCAGACCCUUCCCUCGUGCUGCGCAGCAUGGGCGCCACGCCGCCCGCGGACCUGGUCACCUUGGCGUGUGAUCCCUCCGGGAGCCACGUCUUCGAUGCCCUCUUGGCCAGUCCCUCCGUCCCCAAGAAGUCGAGGCGGAAAGUCUUGCUCCAGCUCAAGGGCCACUUCGUGUCUCUCGCCUGCUCCAAGUAUGGGAGCCGAGUUCUAGAUGCCAUCUGGAGCAGAGCCUCCCUGCCAGCCAAGCGGGAGCUGGCUCAGGAGCUGGCGGAGCACGAGGCCCGGCUGCGACACGACCCCUUCGGACACCACCUCGUCCGCAACUUCGCGUUGACCCACUUCCUCAAACGCCGCCGCGACUGGGACGACCACCAGCAGGCGGAGAAAAAGCGGAGGCAGCUUUUCGCCGAGAUCCUGGAGGGCUGAACUGAAGUGGGAUCAAGAGGACUAGCUCCUUAAGCGGGCUUUGUGUUCCCACAUCUGCUCAGAAGAGCCUUUUAGAGCCUCUCCCUUCACCCUCACGAAUGGGAGCGGAAUCGUUCGGAUCGCUCUCGGCCAGCUCGUGAUGGGGACUGUAGUCCAAAAGAAAGGAGAGAGAGAGAGAAGGGUGAGAUUUGAGCAAUUUGAGGUUGCUCCGGACGUGCCUUACUUGACUCUCUUCUCAAACGGAUAUUUAUUUAUAUUUUUGCAGAUAUUAAAGGCAGUGAGUUCUUUGCA